GAAUAUGUACUCUCAGAACACACCGUGUAACCACGGUAGCGAGUGGCAAGACUAGCAGAAAGUACAGACAUCAGCUAACCAUUCCUCGACUAGAAUAAGCAUGGCUCCGGCGCUGUCCAACCCUCUCCUCAGUGAUCGGGUGGCACGCUCCAAGAAAGUCCCAUCUAGCCACGUUAGAGCGGUGGGAGACCGCCCGGACCUCGCCAAUGUCGACCACGAGUCCGGCGCCGGCAUUCCGCUCAUCGACCUGAAGCAGCUCGAAGGUCCAGGGCGCCGCAGGGUCGUCGAGGCCAUCGGUUCCGCGUGCGAGAACGAUGGGUUUUUCAUGGUGACGAAUCAUGGCAUCCCAGAGGCGGUCGUGGAGGGGAUGCUGAGCGUGGCGAGGGAGUUCUUCCACCUGCCGGAGUCGGAACGGCUCAAGUGCUACUCCGACGACCCCAAGAAGGCGGUCCGGCUGUCGACGAGCUUCAACGUGCGCACGGAGAAGGUGAGCAACUGGCGCGACUUCCUCCGGCUACAUUGCUACCCUCUUGAGAGCUUCGUCGACCAGUGGCCGUCGAACCCGCCCGCCUUCAGGCAAGUCGUCGGCACCUACUCGACGGAAGCGAGAGCGCUGGCGCUGAGGCUCUUGGAGGCGAUCUCGGAGAGCCUGGGACUGGACAGAGGCCACAUGGUGAAGGCCAUGGGGCGGCACGCGCAGCACAUGGCGGUGAACUACUACCCGCCGUGCCCGCAGCCGGAGCUCACCUACGGGCUGCCGGGGCACAAGGACCCCAAUGCCAUCACGCUCCUCCUGCAGGACGGCGUGUCCGGCCUGCAGGUCCAACGCGACGGCCGGUGGGUUGCCGUCAACCCCGUGCCCAACGCCCUCGUCAUCAACAUCGGCGAUCAGUUGCAGGCGCUGAGCAACGACCGAUACAAGAGCGUGAACCACCGAGUGAUCGUCAACAGCGCGAGCGAGAGGAUCUCGGUGCCGACGUUCUACUGCCCGUCGCCGGACACGGUGGUCGCGCCGGCCGACGCGCUGGUGGACGACGCCCACCCUCGGGCCUACCGGCCCUUCACGUACCAGGAGUACUACGAGGAGUUCUGGAAGAUGGGCCUUCAGUCAGCAAGUUGCCUCGACAGGUUUCGACGGAUCGAGUGAUGGACAAGACGUGGGCCGUUGUUAUCUCCUGGGCCAUGAGUGUUGCCGCAGCCGAUGUGUCGCUAUAUGGUGGAGACGUUUCCUCCCUCCGGAAAACAAAAAUAAAACAGAGUGGAGACCACUAGAACCGUCAGAUAGCAUCUCAAAAAAAAAAAAAAAAAAAACGUAAGAUAGAUUUGGAUGACAGUCAGAUCUACUUCGCUUUUCACUUGAGGGAUGACAGGGGUCUUUGACAACUGAGGCACCCUGUGGAUAUCCGUCAUUGCUGUCCAAUCGCGCCUUAAGAAUCUAAUAAUACAGUAGACCAUGAGAUAAAAUUACCAUUAUGCAAUUACAGAAAGUAAUGUUUCAUGUAGCAUGUAGAGUACACACAA